CCACUCACUCAUCUUCAAAAUCUUUUCCAAGUAAUUAAAAAAAAAAAAAACGAGAGCUGAAGAUGAAUUCCUUCUUUUCAAUCUUCUUUUUCUUCUUCUCUUUUCUCCUCUUUGUGCUCUGCUAUGUGGCCAGGAAGAUAAGUGGCAAGAAACUGCCAUUACCACCUGGUUCUUUGGGUUGGCCUUACAUUGGAGAAACCUUCCAACUCUACUCUCAAAACCCAAACGUUUUCUUUGCUUCCAAACAAAAGAGAUAUGGGAGUAUCUUCAAGACCCAUAUCCUGGGAUGUCCUUGCGUGAUGAUCUCGAGCCCUGAGGCAGCCAAAUUCGUGUUGGUCACCCGAGCCAAUCUCUUCAAGCCCACCUUCCCUGCUAGUAAAGAGAGGAUUUUGGGUCGUCAAGCUCUCUUCUUUCAGCAAGGAGACUACCACUCCAAACUGAGGAGACUAGUUCUCAGGGCAGUCAUGCCUGAGGCAAUCAAGAACAUCGUUUCCGACGUCGAGGCAACUGCUGUCAACACUCUUCGGUCAUGGGAAGGCCGUUCCAUCAACACUUUCCAGGAGAUGAAGACGUAUUCAUUCAACGUGGCACUGCUUUCUAUAUUUGGAAAGGAUGAGGUUGUGUACAGAGAAGAGCUGAAAGAGUGCUACUACAAUCUAGAGAAGGGAUACAAUUCCAUGCCCAUCAACCUUCCAGGCACCCUCUUCCACAAGGCAAUGAAGGCAAGGAAACAGCUGGCCAAGAUCGUGGCCAACAUACUAUCUGAUCGGAGGCAGAAGAAGGAAGAGAUCAAUGACUUACUUGGAUCUUUGAUGAGGGAGAAAGAAGCUCUCACUGACGAUCAAAUCGUUGACAACAUCAUCGGCAUCAUCUUCGCGGCUAGAGACACCACUGCUAGUGUACUCACAUGGAUUGUCAAGUACCUCGGAGAGAACCCAAGCUUCCUACAAGCUGUCAUGGAAGAACAAGAGGCAAUCAUGGAGCAGAAAGAUGGAGAAAAAACUCUGAGUUGGUCAGAUACCAAGAAGAUGCCCAUAACUUCAAGGGUGAUUCAGGAGACAAUGAGGGUUGCUUCAAUCCUAUCUUUUACCUUCAGAGAAGCAGUGGAGGAUGUGGAAUAUGAAGGGUACCUCAUACCAAAAGGAUGGAAAGUUCUACCAUUGUUUAGGAACAUUCACCACAGCCCAGACAACUUUUCUGAUCCUGGGAAAUUUGAUCCCUCCAGAUUUGAGGUAGCUCCAAAGCCUAACACCUUCAUGCCAUUCGGUAAUGGAAUCCACUCGUGUCCUGGAAACGAAUUAGCAAAGCUGGAGAUGCUAGUCCUCCUCCAUCACCUCACAACAAAAUACAGGUGGUCUGUGUUGGGCCCGCAGGGUGGAAUACAGUAUGCCCCAUUUGCACUUCCCCAAAAUGGCCUACCCAUAAAAUUCUCUCUCAAGACAUGAACACAAAACUGACCAAAUAGUGGGUGGUAUCAAAUUCAUCCGUUUCUACAUAUGGAAAAUCCUCCUCCAAGCAAAGACCAUCAAAUCAGCCAGAGAGGAUGAUGCAAAUUUGAGGUCUUGUCGAGAGAGGGUUGGGAUUUCGGAUCGUGUCACAUUGUUCGGCGAAGAGGUCCUACAAAUGCAAAGAGGAACAACCUCAAGGAAAGAUACAAGAAGACAUUUACUACUCAUCAACCCAAAAUGGGAUGAUUAUUGAAAUAGUCUUCACUCAAAGAACUAAAAUUAAGAAAAAAAAAAUAUAUAGUAUAAGAAUGAGAUGAAAAGCGAAGAUGGGAACAAAGCUUAGGAUUGAGAGGAAUUUCAGCUGUUUCUGUAAGAAAAUAACAUAUCAGGUUUGGGUCUUCCUUAACCCAUUCUUAAUGCUAAUAAAUUAGAAUGCAAGGAAUGAGUAAGGUACAAAUGACUAUUGUAGAGAAAAUGCUCCAUUUGUUUUCAAUGUUCCAACUCCUAUUAUCUCUAUGGAAGCAAGCAUCUCAGCAUUACCUGCUA